AUGUAUCAUAACCUAUCACUCUUUGCUAGAGCCAACCAACAGGAAUGCUCAGUUAUCGUUGAUAUCCUCAACCAAAUUUGGAAGAAAUUGCAAGGUUGGAAGGAGAAACUGCUUUCAAGGGCGGGGAAAGAAAUACUGUUGAAAUCCGUGAUUCAAGCUAUACCAUCCUAUCUCAUGGGCAUAUAUAAGCUGCCAGCCUCAACCACUCGUGAUAUUCAGUCUGCUAUGGCAAGAUUUUGGUGGGGUAAUCGAGGGACCCAGAGAAAGACUCACUGGAAAAGCUGGCAGGCGCUAUGCUCUCCUAAGUGCUUGGGUGGAAUGGGGUUUAAGGACCUUGCUGUGUUUAAUGAUGCUCUUUUGGGGAGGCAAGCUUGGCGUCUCAUCCACGGUACUGACAUCUUGCUGAUUAAGGGGAGUUUCAUUAUGAGCACGGAGGUGGAUAAAGUAUCAACAGUGAGUGACUUGAUUGACAGGAGCAAUAUUGAGUGGAAGGAGGAGGUAAUUUCUGAGUUUUUCAAUGAGCGAGAUAAGAGGUGUAUAAUGGAGUUACCAUUAAGUUGGCGAGCACCGGAGGAUGAGCUUACAUGGGCUUACUCCAAAGACGGGAAUUACGCCGUGAAAACUGCAUAUAUGUUAGGCAAGGGGUGCGACUUUGCUGCUUUUCAUCUAGCUUGGGUCGAAAUUUGGGGGAUGGAUGUGUGCCAUUUAGAGGAGGAAAGUGCAGGUCAUGCACUCUUUGAUUGUCUGAGGGUGCGUGACCUGUGGGAAGAAUGUGGCUGCAUACCUCUCACUGACUGGAAGGUAGCAGGUAAUAUGUGUGAUUUAGUAGCAAGUUGGAAAGGGAAGGAUGCUAAGAUGAAGCAACGGGGUGUACUGUUGGCGUGGUGUAUUUGGAGUGAACGGAACAAGUGGGUCUUUGAGGGUAAGGCAACUCCGAAUGCUAUUCUGGUUGAUAGGGCACCUCCCUCUGGUGUCGUCAAAUUAAAUGCCGAUGCAUCGCUCUCAGUUGAAGGAUGGAUUGGUACCGGGGUGGUGGCUAGAAAUCAUAUGGGUCAGGUCUUGAUUGCAGCAACCAGGAGAACAAGAGCAUGGUGGCCGCCAGAGAUAGCUGAAGCCAAAGCGUUGGCUAUGGCUAUUAAACUCGCGAAGAGAUACGGGUUUGAGGAGAUUAUACUGGAAUCGGAUUGCCAACUGUUGGUCAACCGUCUCUCGAAGGGUGUUACUCACUUGUCUGAUUUGGAUUCAGUUUUAGAUGAUAUUUUUGCACUAUGUACCUCGUUUAAGUCAAUUACUUGGUCUCAUGUCAAGAGGGAGGGAAACUUUGUAGCCCAUCACCUCGCGAAGCUAGUUCCUUUUGGUGUUCAACAAGUGUGGGAGAAUAACUGUCCUCCAGAGAUCUCACCAUAUCUAGUUGAGAUGGUAGGAAGUGAAACUUCUAAUCCAUGA